GUCUCGCCUUUACCUGUCUGCCUCGCAUAUCAAACCGUUCGCGGCUGCCCGUCAAGGGAGCUACAAGGUCGCACGGAUCACGGCCAAUCCGACACGAGAGAAAAAUCAAGCAGUAGUCUGCAGUAGCAUAUUCACGGCUACUGCGGUCACCCGUUCGACCAAGCUAGUCAUAACAACGGGGUCCCAUCGUUUGAUUAUCAAGAAAAACGGGCCCAGUGGACUGAAUGGUUAA